AUGUCCUAUUUUUCAACAAUUAUUUUGCAAAGCCAUGAUCUUUUAAAUGCAUUUAGAAAGAUUGGAAUACGAACUACUGGAACUGUACAUGAUAAUCGUAUAAAGAAAUAUCCUCUUGUACCCGUCAAGUCAAUAAAAAAAAGAGAAGACCGUGGUGUCUUUGAUUUUCAAUACGAUGAAAGAAACCAACUUCUAUUUGUUAGAUGGAAUGAUAAUAGUGCAGUAACGAUGGCUAAAAACUAUGAUUCAGUCGAACCUUUAGCACAAGUAAAGAGAUGGUCUUCGAAAAGGAAGGAGAAAAUGCCAGUGCCUCAACCGCAACUUUUUAAAAACUACAACUACCGCAUGGGCGGGGUAGAUCUGUUGGACCAAGGAGUCAAUAAUUACAGAAUUGCCAUCCACAGUAAAAAAUGGUGGUGGGCUCUCUUUACUCACAUGUUAAACGUAACUGUUGUAAAUGCCUGGAGAUUAUCUGAAUUAUCUACCCUAAUGACAAAACGGAUCUUUUGCAAUAUGUUAGAAGUAUUACUCGUCACUACAUACGAUCCUAUAAUAAGGCUAUACAAAGAAGACCUUCUGGAUAACUACCAAGAAGUAUUUUGA